UCUUUCCCUUAAAAAUAUAUACAGUACGAUAAAGGGACCAAAUCACUGCAAUAGCCUAGACAUUGAGAAACCCAAUUCGAUUGAAUCACUGCUAAUUUUUUUGGCGCUAUGGCAUCUUCUACAUUUCUUCAAGACUGCAGAAUCUGAACUUUGUCUACGCGUCAUAUGUUAUCUUCUCGCAUAUUACUUUAGCACGUAUGUUCAUUAUGUUAUGGGUUUGUCUGACAACAAGCACAUCUUUUACGACACUUUUACGCAUUAUGUCCAUUAGGCCUAGAGUUGUGUUCACAUACUGCACGCCUACAUGUUAUGGGGUUGUCUGAUGAUAAGCACAUCUUUUACGACACGUUUACGCACAUACAGUAAGUACCCUAUUGAAAUCCACUUGACUCUAAUGUCCAAUUGUGCAAUAGCCUACAAUUCAGUAUUGUUGAGUUGAAUUCCCUAGGUGUGUUUACCUAUCCAUUACCAACGAUACAAGCGCAUCAUCGCAAUAAAUAAUAUCGAAGAGACUGGUGAGAGAGUACACGUAACAUUUUAUUGACGGGCGGGGCUUGCUUGCCAAUUCCGAGGAUUGUAUUUCCUUACUAGUCACACCCCUAUCCGGAAGAGAAACAGCAACGAAUUCGUGAGAAACUUUCUCAGAUCGACAUCAAGAAGCUACCGCAGGAGAUCAUCACUUUUUCAUAUUCAUAUUCAGGACACAACAUGUGGCCGAACCAAGGUCCCCCUGGCCAGAACCCGGCCUUCCCCCCAGCCUACAACCCUGGAUUCCCUUCUGGUCCAAACCCAGCACACCCUCAAGGCCAGAACCCCAUGUACGCACCUGGCACAAACCCUGCUUAUCCCCCUGGUAUGGCCCCCGGUAUGGCCCCCAGUAUGGCCCCCGGUAUGGCCCCUGGUAUGAAUCCAGCCAUGCCUCCAGGAUCCAUGCCUUACGGACAAUACCCAGGGGGACAACAGCCUUAUCCAGCUGGACCAGGUGCACCUGGUUACCCAGGAGUUCACCCAGGGCCCUACCCUGGUGGGGUCCAUCCAGGUGGAGUCUACCCCGGGGGCAUGCAUCCCGGCAUGGCUGGGGGUGUGGCGGGAUUCGGGAUGGGAGUCACUGGACACAAGGCACACAAAAAAAUGAAGAAGGCGAAGGGGAAGAAGGCGCACAAAGCCGACAAACACCUGAAGCAUCAUGGAGGCCACAGGAAGCACUCUUCAAGCAGCAGUAGCAGCAGCAGCAGCGACGAGGAGUGAUGUCACUAACAACAUCCAACACAGUGUCGGAAAGACAUCCUUGAAUUAAAUGGGGAAAAAUGGCCUCUUCCUCUACCUAAAUUGUACUACUUUAAUUAUUAAGAAUGGGAAAAAUUGAUUGGAAAAUGAUUUGAACAUUAAUUGUAUAACACUGUAACAAAAGUA